AUGGCCGACGUGAAGUCGGCAAAAAAUAACGAUAGUCAAAGAACUUCCGGCCGUGGAACGAAAAUUACUAGGACUACAGUUGUUCCAGGAAGUGUGGUUGGCAGUAAACUGGUGCUAGAUCAAAAAGAUUUAAGUCGAGCAAUGCAGAAAGGUACACCAAAGAAGAGCGCAACAGUUAGCCGGUACCCUAGUCCACCUUGUACCCCACCUAGAAAAACCCAUGGUGCUGGAAACGUUCAACAUGGUCAAAUGACACUUGCGCAUAAUAGACGUUCAGAAAUGGAGAGCACCGAUGGGGUGAAUCGAUCCCGUCCUAGUUCAGCUUUCACGCCCUACUCACCUCUCCCCCAAAUCGGACAGCCCGAGCAUGAUCUUGACGUUACUGCUGGCAUGAGAAAUUUAGAAUUGAAUCAUCCGGACAGAGUUGGUGUCAACGCUACUAAUGACAAUGUAGUAACUUCAGAAACAGGAAGGCAAAAAAGUGAUAGGAAUUAUCCAGAAGUACGGACUAAGCGAUCAUCGUCACUGUCAUCUGUUCAGACCAGUAACAAGAGAGUGUCUCGUCGAGAAAUGCGAGGCCAGCAAUUUGCCAGGAGAAGAAACUCACAGAAAUCGUUAAACAUUCCUGACGAACCGUCCGCUGGAGAAGAAAGAUUCCUCAUCGCUUUGAAAUUACCAGAAGGUGGUAGGCUACAGAGAUAUUUCCGUCCGUUGGACUCCUUCUUAGAUAUUGUUUCUUAUGCGGAGAAAGAAUCUGGGCGUUCUUUCUCAGACUGCAAUGUUUUUACGAGUGACGUUCCUAAACGGAUUGUGAGUGAUCUUUCUGUUUCACUGCGUGUUGCAGGAUUCAAAGACAGGACGUUACUUUACUUGGAAGAAAAAGAUGAAUGACAAAAAGAAACUAGAUUCCAUCCAUUUAUGAAAUAACAAUACUUAUAUUUUAGGUAUUUUUGUAUGGCAGAAAGACAUCGUUCAGCAGUGAAAGCCAUUGGUUGGAGUCCUAAUGAAAUUUGAACUUGUAAGGGGUAUAGCUUGGACUGCAGCCAGCCCAUAAACUGUUGGUGCCCAUGUGUAUAGGUCAGGGCCCAAUUUGAAAAAGUUUUUAAGCAGAAAAUACUGCUUAGCAAAUAUCUUUGCAAAGAAAACAAAUAAAUGGGACACCAGUAGCAUCAAUGUAAACUUUGCAAGCAAUGUAAACUUUGCAACAAUAUCAACUUUACCUAAUUUUGGCUGGUAAAUAGUUUCCGUUAUUUAGUAAGAUCUUUCUGUGCUUGGCAAGUUUUGAUGCUUACAGGCUUUAUGAAAUUUGGCCCAGGGCAGUUGUCAAGAGGGGCUGUGCAGCACUCAUCAGUGACCCAACGGGUUUACUUUGGUGCUGGGUAUGUGGCAUGGUGUAUUCCCUUCCUCCAUUGUGUGUUCUUUUUGAUCUGGGAAUUUCCAGGAAUUCUGAAGAUGAUUUUUUAUUUUUUUUGGGGGGGUAGCUACCUUUGUACAAGAGGGGAAGAGUGUGUUAGAGGACAAUGAUUACACAUUGUGUAUGGCAUUUCCAUAAAAACCUACAGUUUUGUUUAACUGUCACCAGUGUGAUUUUAUUUUCAGACAAAUUUGGUUCAAGACCUUACUUCUAAUUAUGAAACUUUCAAAGUGUACGUUUUCUAC